AUGAGGGCACCACCACCUCCAAGGGUCUCCAAAUCGAAUUUUUGGAUAUUAGCUGCCACAUAUAUUAAAAAUAUAUUCAAUUGUCACAGAUUAAAGAAAAGAUGGAAUCUUCAUCAAUUGAAAAAAAAGACAAAACAAGCUCCUUAUAAUAUCUCCCAGGAUAUUUCACCGAUUUCUGGAAUCAGAGUAGAAGACAUGAUGAACAUUCCUACCCAUUUAUUACCUUCUUCCUCCAAAUCUAAACCAUUAUUAAUUGCAACUUUCCCAAGAGGUUGCUCUCGUUCUCCCCAUUUAAAACUCUUAGAGAAAAACAGUUUCACAACAAGAACAAUAACAAGAAAGAAAUACAAGACAGAAUAUUUAAAUAAUAGUAGGGUAAAAUAUACUUCUAAUAAAGUGAAAAUUCUUUCCAAACAUGAUCCAAGUUUGAAAUGUAUCAAGACAGUAAGAUCAAUCAAAGGAACUACCAAAAAAUAUGCAGAUAUUAAAUUAAUAUUUCAUGACAAAAAUGUAAUUAAAGUUUCAAAUAUAAAGAAUACUAAUACUGUUACGCCAACAGUUCUUGAAUUCGAUGGUGCAAAUGUUAUCGUUCUUAAAAACUAUAAAAAUUUACGAAACUCAACAGUGAAAAAUCAGGUGUCAGGCAAUUGA